ACCUCCUUCCCCACUUUGCACUUGCACAGACAGACAGACAGAAGCAGGCAGUGCAGGAGCUAGAUUACAUAUCUAGAGACGCGCUCAUCACAACAAAAGCGUCGUGCUUUUAAAAUAUGGCGGCCCUCAAAGUGUUAUCCCGAGUUGACAGAAUAGUCCUCAGAAAUGUAUCAGGUGCCUGUAGACUGAACGUAAAACUAGCCACCCAUUCCAAUCUGAAGACCUGUGGCUGCUGUUUGUCUACCUCCAGCCACAGGGAAUCCCAGUUCUACCCCACUGCCUUGGAUGCAGUGAAGGACAUCCCUGAUGGAGCUACCCUUCUCGUUGGUGGGUUUGGGCUGUGUGGCAUUCCAGAGAAUCUAAUCAACAGUUUGCUGAAGACAGGCGUCAAAAGUCUCACCGCUGUCAGUAAUAAUGCCGGGGUGGAUGAUUUUGGCCUGGGGCUGCUACUGCAGACCAAGCAGAUCAAGCGCAUGGUGUCCUCCUAUGUUGGAGAGAAUGUUGAGUUUGAGAGGCAGUACCUGUCAGGGGAGCUGGAGGUGGAGCUGACGCCACAGGGAACCCUGGCCGAGAGGAUCAGAGCUGGAGGAGCUGGUAUCCCAGCAUUCUUCACUGCUACGGGCUACGGCACACUGAUUCAGGAGGGCGGCUCCCCCAUCAAGUACAACAAAGACGGAACCAUCGCCAUCGCCAGUGAGAAGCGAGAGGUCCGCGAAUUCGGUGGCAGGCAUUACAUAAUGGAGAAAGCCAUCACAGGGGACUAUGCGCUGAUUAAAGCUUGGAAAGCUGACCGUGCCGGCAAUGUUAUCUUCAGGAAAACUGCAAGAAAUUUCAAUCAGCCCAUGUGCAAGGCAGCCAAAACCACAGUUGUAGAGGUGGAGGAGGUGGUGGACGUGGGGACGUUUGCCGAGGAGGACAUCCACAUUCCCAGCAUCUACGUGCACAGGAUCGUAAAGGGGGACAGCUACGAGAAGAGAAUAGAGAGGAGAACAGUGCAGAAAGGUCAGGACCAAAAGCCCAAGCCAAAGAAGGACUCUGACAUUGUGAGGGAGAGAAUCAUCCGUCGCGCUGCUCUCGAGUUUGAAGACGGAAUGUAUGCCAACCUGGGCAUCGGGAUCCCCAUGCUGGCCAGUAACUUCAUCCAGCCCGACAUUACAGUCCACCUGCAGAGUGAGAAUGGCAUCCUCGGCCUGGGCCCAUAUCCCACGGAGCAGGAGGUGGACGCUGACCUCAUCAAUGCUGGUAAAGAAACGGUGACGGUUCUCCCUGGAGCUUCCUAUUUCUCCAGCGAUGAGUCCUUUGCCAUGAUCAGGGGAGGCCAUGUUAACUUGACCAUGCUGGGAGCGAUGCAGGUGUCUAAGAAUGGGGACCUGGCCAACUGGAUGAUCCCGGGGAAAAUGGUGAAAGGUAUGGGUGGUGCGAUGGACCUGGUGGCCAGUGCUGGAACGAAGGUGGUGGUGACAAUGGAGCACUCCGCAAAGGGAGGCAAGCACAAGAUUCUGGACAAGUGCAACCUUCCCCUCACCGGCAAGCAGUGUGUGGACAGGAUCAUCACGGAGAAGGCCGUCUUUGAUGUGGAUAACAACAAAGGUCUUACACUGAUUGAAAUUUGGGAGGGAUUGACACCAGACGACAUCAAGAAAUGCACAGGCACAGAUUUUGCAGUGUCUCCUGACCUGAAGCCAAUGCAGCAGGUCUAAGCUCCAGUGACAGCAGCGUGUGACGGAAAGGCCCCUCAUCGUCCAACAAACACAGAUGAAAUUAACGUUUCCUGCCUCUAAUAUAUGUCUUCCACGAAUGUAACAUUAGAUCAUGGAAUGAGCUGUUACCGCCCAUGUAACCGUCUAUAUGCAUUGUAUGGACUCUCAGGAUGAAUUGAUUAGCCAAGAAGGGAUGUUGGUAGAUAUUCUUUAUAGAAAUCAAUGACUCUGAUUGGUCGUUUUUGUGACUGCUGUGUAGCACAAAUCAGAGAUUUUUUUUUAAUGUGUUGGAAAUGUUAUGAACAAGCUCUGGGCUAGAUCUUGAAUAGUAUUUAUAGUGUUCGGUUUUCUGAUUUUGGUUUAGUUUUUAUGGAUUUUUGCAUCAUGAUCACCCAGGCAAUGUUAUCGGAGAUUGGUUUUCAAUUGACCGUUUGUAUGAAGCGGCCAGAUACUUCCAUGUGUGGCUUGAGCUCCAGGACAAGCAUUCAAGCAUUACAGGUUUUAGUGGAGAGGCCUUAUGUUUUACACACUGCUUUUCAAGUCCUUUGUACAUAUCCAAUCGUUUUUUUUUUUUCUUCCAAUGUGUGAAUGUGACAUGCAUUUUUUUUAUCUUUCUGAAAAUGUCAUGGCUAGAAUUCAAUUAAACUAAACACAUAAUUAAGUGAAUGAAUGAAUGUAUUUAAAUUUGAAAUGUAAUAAUAAAUAAUACAUUUGAA